AUGGACCAAUUGGUAAGUUUUCUACGAUUGAAUUUAUAUCAAUUUAUUAAUAUUCUAUUAGCUGCUGUUCGUAUUGGUUCCAUUGAUGGACAAUUUAUUAUGAAUCCUACUCGUCAACAAAUGCAAAAAAGUGAUCUUAAUCUAGUUGUAUCAGUUAAUCCUAAAGGACAUCUUGUAAUGAUUGAUGCAUCAGCAAAUCGUUUAUCUGAUGAAAAAUUUUUUUCUGCACUUGAAUAUAGUAUUGAAUGUUGUCUUCCAAUAAUUGAUCAAAUAAAAAAUCUUUCAAAUAAAACAAAACGUACAAAUAUUGAAUUACAAAAAUUUGAUAAUACUUUAGUUGAUAAAAUUACAAUAUUAUGUUAUGAUCGUAUUCUAAAAGUUUUUACUAAUUUUACACUUGAUAAAAUUGCUCGUGAUACAGCCAUAACAGCUAUACGUCAAGAUAUUCUUAAUGAAUUAUUAUUAAAAGAAGAAAUAUCAUUAACGAAUCUAUCAGAUACAUUUACAUAUGUUGUUAAAAAAAUAUUUCGUAAUUUAAUAUUUGAAAAAUCACAUCGAUGUGAUGGUCGUUCAUUUGAUCAAUUACGUUCAAUUAAUUGUAAAAUUAAUUUAUAUCAACCAUUACAUGGUUCAGCUUUAUUUCAACGUGGUCAAACACAAGUAUUAUGUACAGUUGCAUUUGAUGCACUUGAUUCACAAUAUCGUAAUAAUGAUUUUGUAUGGAGAACAGGAUAUAAACGUAAACCAUUUAUUCUUCAUUAUGAAUUUCCACCUUAUGCAACAAAUGAAAUUGGUCGAGCAUAUGGACGAGCUGAUCGAAGAGAAUUAGGUCAUGGAGCUUUAGCAGAAAAAGCUGUUGAACCAAUUGUACCUAAUGAACUGCCAUUUAUGAUUAGAUUAACAUCAGAAGUAUUAGAAUCUAAUGGAUCAUCAUCAAUGGCUACUGUAUGUGCCGCAAGUUUAGCACUUAUGGAAGCAGGUGUACAAAUCCAUGAACCUGUUGCUGGUGUUGCUAUUGGGUUAGUUUCAAAAUGUGUUGAUGAUGGUACAGUUACUGAUUAUCGCAUAUUAACUGAUAUUCUUGGUAUUGAAGAUUAUAUGGGUGAUACUGAUUUUAAAGUAGCUGGAACACGAAAUAGUAUAACAGCAUUACAAGCUGAUAUAAAACAUAUGGAAGGAUUGCCAUUGAAUAUAGUUAAAGACGCACUUCGAGCUGCACGAGAUGCUCGUUGUAAAAUAAUUGAUAUUAUGAAUAAAACAAUAAGUGAACCACGAAAAACUAAAAAACAGAAUACACCGGAAUUAGAAACAUUAACUAUACCAAGUCAUAAACGUGGUCGAUUUCUUGGUAUUGGUGGUUUAAAUUUAAAGAAAAUUUUAACACAAACUGGCGUAACAAUAUUACCAAUUGAUGAAAUUACUUAUUCAAUAUUUGCACCAAAUAAAGAUGCUUUAAAUGAAGCAAAACAAAUUAUCGAUAAACUUUUAGAAGAAAUGAAAGAACCAGAACUUGAAUUCGGUGGAAUUUAUACAGCUAAAAUUGUUGAAAUACGUCCUAAUGGUGUUCUUAUACAAUUAUAUCCAACAAUGCCACCUGUUCUUUUACCAAAUUCACAACUUGAUCGACGAAAAGUAAGGCAUACACUUUAUUAA